ACCCGAGGCGCCAGGAGCGCAUUGCGCAUUGCGCGGCCGGAGCCAAGGCGUGGCGGGCGCCAAGCCGUCUGUUGAGACGCGCUGCGGGUAACAAGCGCUUCGGCGCCAGCAAAUUGCGCAAACAAAAAACAAGACCACAGAGCUCGGCUCUCUUUCCGCGCCGAUACUGCGGGCGGACGAUGGCGCCGCCACCAAUCCCCGUCGUCGUCGACGUAGUAGUCACAAGAGGAAACGUGCUCGGCCCGGCGGGCUACAGCCGCGUCACCACGAGGGACGGCGGCGUCUUCGACUUACAUCGAGGCAAGGACGACAAGUCCACGGACAUUUCUGAUGAUGCGGCCUUCCUCUGGUGUCGAAGGGGCGCGCCGGGCGAGACGGCGAUCACGAAUGUCGUGAGAGGCGCCCUGGAGCAUGUCCAAGUGGUCGAUCUGGGCGCCGGCGAGCAGCUCUCAUUUCUGAGAGAGGCUGGUCAAGAUCCCAUCGCGGAGUUAACGGGCGACUUCAAGGACGAUGAUGGCGUCGUGCUCAAGAGCGGCGCUUGUAUUAGAAUUACGAGAGUCAAAGACGUGGAAGCGAUGCGACCUACUACAGAAGAGCCCACGGCGAAAGAGGCACAAUCCAUAGAAAACGACGUCGUCGCAAAGAUUACAUCAGCAGAAGUUACGGGAGAGGACUGGUGGCGCUCUCAUGAAACGCAGCUGAAGCGACUCGUCGAGGCGUCGGCGGCGGAUCCUUCUUCCCAAUUGGCCGCGAAGACGAUACGAGUGGCUCGACGCACGCUAGAACUCGUAGCGAAGCGCCUCGCGUCGAACGGCGUCGUCCCGGACGCCUGCCCGCGGUGCUUUGAUUUUGCGGCACUUGGCGGCGGGGGCCUCAUCGCGGCGAAGAGCGCGCCCGUCGACGACAUCCUCGAGGAGGCGUCGCACCUCGAGUCGCCGGACCAACCGAAGAAGAAGGGGUCGUUCUUCGGGCGCAUCCGGAAGCCCUCUCGCAGUCUGUUGCAGGCGGCGCAGGCCUCUUCUGAUGUUUGUGAACCUCUCCAAGAGGUAGAACUACGUGUAUCCAGAGACCCGCCUAGCGAUGACGAGGAGGAGCCGCCCGACGCCCUGCAGGGGUUAGAUGUCAGAAACCCAUCAAAAUACGCGUCUUUGGCAAAGCGCCACCCGCAGCAGGUGAGUUUCUGUCGAGGGCGAGGUACCAAACAAGGUACCAGUCACGAAUUUUUAGAUAAGGGCGCAGAAGGGCUGCUCAAGAACAGCGAGGCGGGCUGCGGGCAGAUGUUAGAUCACUUUUUGAUCUGUGGCGGCCUCGAUGCUUUAUUAGCGAGAAUCACGCCUAGUUCAGGCCUGGAAUGUUCCGCACAAAAACUGGGCGAACUGUUGAGAGCCUUCGAGAUCGUCUGCGACCGGGCCGCUCCGACCACGGCUCCGCACUUCGCUUUGAGCUAUGCGCGGCAUUUGCAGCGCGCGGCCCACGCGCGAUUAAGACGGGAAGCGUCACAAGUAACAAACACGACAAAACAGGAUCUAGACGGCCGCUGGGACGCCGAUGAAAAAAUAAGGAGGACCUGCGACCGACUCGCUAGGUGUCUGGCCCAACUGGCACCCGACGCGUUUGGCGAACAAACGCAACAGACGCCUAGAAGCUGGACGCAGCACGUCGCUUCCUAUUGGGCGUCCGGGCCGUCGAUCGACGCGCGCUCCAAGGCCCUACGUCUCUCGGCCGAACGGUUCGUCUGGGCCCAUGCGUUAACGGCCUUUGAUGAUCAGAAAAGGACGCCCGACGCGCGACUCAAAGGCCUGAGGAACCUCAGCAGUGUAGUACGAGGCUGCUGCGCUUCGGAACCGUCGGAGGUCCCGCCCUGGAGUUCACGCUCUACGAGAUGGGAGACGUCCGAAGAAGUUGUCGCUCUUAAGGUAAGGGAGUCUGGCGUCGUCGCAAGAAUAGCUCAAGUCGCGAAAGACGACCGACGGGCCUUACGUAGUGGAUUGCAUGUCAUCAUGCUCGCGGCGCAACGGUCGACGAUUGCCGGUCGAGUCGUAGAUGAUCUGACGUCCCUGGCUGUCGAGGACGCGGCCGGCGACGACCCACCUUCCUCAGAAGGGCCUAGUUCGUGGCAGUGCUGCUGGGCCCUCGCACGCCAUUUGGAAGAUACGACAUUGGUACAGAGGCAGCGCGACGUGCUGGAGGACGCCUUUUCUUCCCAGAAAGCCACUCCAAAAAACGUGCAUUUGGUCGCGCGGUUUUCGCAGUGCGCCGCCGAGAGAUUAGUGUCGUCCGAGGAUAAGUUAGAUGGUGGGCUGGAGUUGUUGUGGCGGUGGGCCUCAUCGCCAGAAGAAGACGAUUGUCAAGCUACACGAUCGCUGAGACAUCUGUUGCGAGGUGCGACGCACUUGGAUUCGGCGGCAUCGUUGAUCGCGCAGAAAUGCGUCGACGCUUUGGGAGGAGAGGACUCGCCGGGAUUGAAUCGGGCGGCGGAAUUGUUGGCAGCUUUAGUUGUGGCUUCUGGCGAGGAUAACACGUACCGGCAGCCGUCGCCCGUCGACACUCGUAGAAGAAGAAGAUUGAGGAUAGAACGGGGCCUCAAGACGUCUUUGUUAGAUGUGGCCGUCGCCGGCGCCGCCCGACAUAAGCACUCUAUCAAAUCGUAUGAGGCUUCUCUACGAUUAGCAAUAGAGCUCGCCGCGGAUGCCUUGCUGAGUGUUGCUGGUUUAGAUAGUGAAGAACCGCUACCUUUCCUACGGGCGAGAGACAUCAAGGCGUGCUACAAAGCGGGCGACGACACGUGCGCGCGGUGGUUGGCGGCCUGCGCGGAGCGUCUAGCAUUAGAACCGUCCGCGGCGGACGCAGCCUUAGUAGAGCUGGCAAACGACGAAAAUCCAUCGUCAUACGUCGCGGACGCCGCCGCGUCGCUCUACGAAGCGGCGGAGCAGCCUUCAUCGACGAAAAUUCGGCCCCCGGCGUACGGGUCGGACUCAUUAACACCGCCGCCUCCCGUGCAAGAACCUCUUGUCAAUAGACAUAAGCGCGUCGACGCUUUAUUAGAUAUCUGUCUGAAGACCGACGCCGUUUCUAAGAGAAGAGACGCUCUGUUAGCGCGCCUCGCGACGUCCGACCUGCGAGGUAGGAUCAUCGCGCGCGGUAUUGACACUUUAAGAUCUACGAACGAAGCGAAGGAAGCGGAUAGAGCCGCGGACAUCGUGCGACGAGCUCUCAAAGGAAGGUCGUCCCAGGACGCGCCGCCCGGCCUCGAUGCGGAAGCCUCACAGUGGCUGUUGCUCGAAGGCGACCGAGGGUUGCUCGGGCCUCGUUUACGUGUCGCCCAGGCCUGCGCCCUGGCGCAUACGGCCUGGUUCGCACAGCAUGGCGGUUCGCGACGAGCGGCGUCGCGAUGUGCUCAACUGUGUCAGACGGAGGACCACCAGUCCCUACGAGCUGCGUUACGAUUAGUCGCGUCCGCGCUGCAACGAACGGAAGCAGAUAGACCACCGACGCCGCCGACGCCUACCACCAGUUUCAGACCUGUGCAACCGCCGCGGCCGCCUGUAGAUACCGAGGACGGCCUCGACGUGCGAGCCUUGGGCGACGAGCGCAACACUUUAGUGGAAGCGUUGGGAGUUUAUGUGAAGCAAGGUAGCGAUAGCGUCGCGCGGGCGUUGUCCGGCGACCUGCUGAUCGGUCUGUCCCGCGUCGCCCCGGAGGCCCUCGCGAAAAUAUCAGAGGUCUCUCCGGCGUUGGUGGACGUCAUGGUCGCGCCGCCGGCGACGGCGUCUAGGGCCGCAUUGAGACUGCACGCCGUUUCGAUAGCAGGCGACUUCCAGGAGUGCGGCGCGGCGUUGCGACGAGCGGCUCUAGAGGCCGUGUCUGCAAGACCGUCGGCGUCCGCCGCGGCCUUCGCCUCGGCUAUUGUGGAUGCGGCGCGGCAGUGCUCUAUGUCUUCAGAUGAUGAGACCAUGCUGUCGAAGGCCGUAGAAUCUCUAGUGACGAGCGACGUGAGUGACGACGACGAGGACGCGGACGCCGAGUCUGCGAGAUUGAAAUUACUCGCUUCGCUAUUAAGAUCCGGUGCGAAAGCGCCCUCAAAUAGUACUGUAGUAGCGCAACAACUGAUGGCCAAAGGUGGCUUAGAUGGGUCGGCGGCGAACGCGCAAGCGUUGCAAGCUCUGGCGGCCCUAUGUGAUGCUGAUGAUGACGCAGCACGAGCGACUUGUAUAGCCUUAGCUGAACUGCACGGCCCGCCACCCUUCACGGAGGACUUGAGAGAUGAGACGUCGGUCGCGUCGCGACUGGAAGCUGCUGAUGUAGUGAGAGCCAUCCCGUCGACGGAGCAGCGCUUUUCCGUGGAACGGUUACGUGUCCAUGGGCCACCUCCAUUAGACGAUCGUCGAAGGGAACGGUACCCAAGCAAUGCGGUAAGCGUACCAUCAGCCAGGAAGACGGACACGCCUGGACUAGAUAACUUAGGCUGCACCUGCUACCUCAACAGCACAUUACAAGUCAUAUGUUCGGCACCUCUCUUCAGAAAGACAGUAUUCUCCUUAGAUACGUCACAAGAUUCAUUGGCGAGAGAACUCCAACUACUUGUAGCGCGGAUGCGCAGCAGGGACGCGUCGUCGAUCUCCCCAAGAGAUUUCAUCCAACAAAACACGACCCAGGACGGCGAGGCGAUUGACGUCCGCAUACAACAGGACGCCACAGAAUUCUUAGCUAAAUUGAUGCAAGACGUAGAGCGGAUGAAAUCAGCAACAGAUAUAAGCGCGGCGAAGUUAAUCCAGCGGACCUUUGGAUGUGUCUUGCUGCAGGAGAUCAAGUCCGUGAACGGCAAGCACAAGGGGGACCCGCGGGAGGUGCCCUUUUAUGGGAUACCGUUGGAGCUCGGGAAAGACAGGAAUGAUAUUGCGGAUUGUUUGAGGCACUACGUGGCUCCCGAGGAGGUCGAGUUGCGGUUUGUGGAAGGCGAGGCCAUGCUGCCUUCUAUUAAAACUGUUCGUAUUAAAAAAGCGCCAUUUAACUUGCUGUUGCACCUGAAGCGGUUCCAGUUUGAUUUGGAGACUCUAUCCACCAGAAAGAAUAAUUCUAGAUUGGAGUUUCCCCAUACACUUGACUUAAGGCCCUUCAUGAGUGAUGAAGGAGAACCAAUAUUAUAUGAUCUCAAGGGUGUAGUAGUACAUAGCGGAACGGCGCAGUCGGGCCACUACUACUCGUUCGUCAACACUGGUAGUCAAUGGACGGAAUUUAAUGACUCGCACGUGGCGCCCUUCGACGUGAGCGAGAUGGAGGCGGAGUGUUUUGGGGGCUAUGAAGACGUUACUACGGAUUCGUAUGGUAGGCGGUCGCAGCCGCGGGAACGCACCAGGAACGCUUUUUUACUGUCUUAUGAACGGAGGUCCGAUAAAGCCGAGGACAGCUGGGCGUCGCCGGCGCCGCCCGCGUCCGUGGAUGCGAGAAUAGCGCGGGAGAACGUUUCCCUGAGAAGAGCGCGCGCGGCCUUCGACGACAACGGCAUCGUCGUGGCCGCUUCUGUGGCCAAGGCGGCCUUUUCUUCUGAUUCUAUCGAGACGCGGAGGGCCGCCGCUUUAUUAGCUGGGGCGCUCGUGGCCCGGACGUUGUCUCGGGCGCGCGGCGACGACGCUGCUGCUAGGCUGGCAUCGACCGCGUCCUUGCUCGCGAAUCUCGACUCAGAUGUUGCUUCUGAGGCCGUCAAGGGCCUCGGUUUAAAUGACACGGAUGCCACAACUGCCUUAUGUCGGCGGGCGGCCCAGCUCGCGUCGGACGAGGCGGCCCGGGAGUCCCUGUGCGGCGCGUGCGCGGCAGUAUUGAAAUCGGCCCCGUUCGACGAGGCGCUGACCAAUUUACUAAGUGUGGCGAGCGAGUGCCCGCCUCCCGUACCCGGGAGACGUGCGCACGACUACGAACGGGACGCGUCCAGGGCUGCGUGCGACAUUCUAGCCAGGCUCGGCGCGCAACGCGGGUGUCGGGAAGUCCUCGAAGGCUGCGUCAAAGCGUCGGGCGGUGCUGUGUCCGAAGAAGCCCUCUCGCAGACGACGUUACGAGCUUUGUUGGAGGCCGCGCCGUUCCUGGGCGGUGCGUUCGCGCCGCGGGCGGAGGCCGCCGCCGCGUUAUUGAGUGCGGACGCCUCUGCAUUGGAUUCGCUGUCGGACGCGCAAAUUGGCGCCCUCGCUCUCGCGACCUGCGGAUGUCUAGACAGAGGCACGUAUUCGCGCGCUGGAACCGACGAACAAAAGCGGCGCGGCGCCGCGGCGCGCGCGGUGCUCAAGGCUCUGGUGGUUGACUCGACGGAUCGGUCGAAGGUUGUUAUCAGUGCGUUACGAGGCUGCGUGGAACGCUGUGGUACGGCAAGACCCGACGAGUCGUCGGCCUCGGAAGAUGAGGAUUCUGAUGAAGAGAUUGAGGGCUGGCAUCAACCACCACCUCGCAAUCGCCUCGAUCGAGGUAGACCGUACGGGUCGUCGCGCCAGCUGCGGCGAGCUUGUCGUGCGCUGGCCAUCGUGGCUACUGUCGACGACAAGCACACGUCCGGACGCAUCUCCUUAGUUGUCAGAGAAUCAUUACAGACGGCAGAGACCGCAUUUCGUCGCGGUGCUAGGGACGCCAAGGUCAAGGCUCAGGUCGACGCCAUCCUCAAAUUGUGUAAAAGGGAGCCGCGAGCCAAAGCGGCCGUGCUCGACUCGGGCGCGCCACGAUGGCUUGAGGCGUUCGCCGAGGGUCGGGAGAUGGCUGGUCCUCUCUCACCGCGCGGGGAGAUCCCGCCGCUGACACCACUCCAUCGUGGGGCGCGGAAUGAUGAUGAUGGUGAUGGUGAGGACGAGGACAACUAUCACCCGAACCUGCCGCGGCGGCGUCAGCUCCGCCGGGAACUACUCGCCAGAAUCCGGGCGCUCCCUACAGAUACGGACGUCGUGAGCUACGACAGCGACGACGACCCCAACGAAUUAGUCGGGCGCCGCAUCGAGGUUCGCUGGAGCGGCGGCCAGUUCUACGGCGGCGUCGUCAUCAAACACGACCACCUGGGCCACCACGUCCGCUACGACGACGGCGACGACCGCGUCUACGCGGACAUCCUCGCGAAGACGUGGCGCUUUGCCUAGUAGGCCGCUGUGUACACUAUCUAAUGUGCCUGAAAUUAGUACACUCGUAGAUACAGC